UUCUCAUGUUUACAUUAUUUUAAUUUUCUGAAGAUAUUUAUCAGUUGGACCAGGCUAGCUGACAUAACGGUGAGAAUACCAGACCACCACCCACCAUGUCUAGCUUAUCCUCUUGCCUUUCCCUAACCAAAAACGUUGUUCAUGCUUCCCUUCCCAACAACAACAACAACAACAAUGGCUCACCACCACCUCCACCACCUCUCCAAGCCAAUCCCACCAAACCUCCAUUGCGCAGCAGAAACCAGACCCCAACAAUUCUACCAAGAAAGAAGCAGCAAAACCAACCACAACGCAAGCCAAGGCAGCCUUCUGUCAACGAAAUCGAACGUGCUAUUGGUGCCGGCAGAUUUCGUGAUGCCGACCCCAGGGAUUUGGAAGAACAGAAGAAUGCUAAAUUCGACAUGUCAAUGAUGAACUUUCCUAGCAAGUUUGAAGGGCCAGUGGAGAAGAAGCUUCGCGAGACAGGAGAGUGGAUAACUAAUAAAACUGAAAGAGGCUUCCGUUUGUCCGGCAAGAAAAUUCUGAAGUUUGUGUUUCUGUGGUUGCUACCGAUUUGGAGUUUCUCACUCCUAGUGGCCUCUGGGACCAUCAAGCUAAACUCUCCAUUUAUUAAUGACCUCAUUAUGUGAAUAAAUUUUACUUCAAAUUUUCAACAGUCAAUAUAAAUGCUCUGUGUGUAGAUUGGUAGGAGGAGAGCUCUCAGCUGUUUUACAGCAUCUUUUCUUCUCAAUGAAUGAAUUAUAAUUCACCAAGCUCAUAAUCUCUGACUUGCACCACAAGAUUAAAAGGCUUUGAUUGCAUAUAGUCCAACCGACCAGAUAGUUCAAGAGACUGGAACAGUUGUUCUUCGUUGAUCUAGCUCAAGGAUUGAUUGAUUAAAUCAAUUUGUUGGUGAGCGCACCACCUACGAAUUUUCUUUGGUCAAAUAUUUUCUUUUGAGUGUUGGAAAAUUUAUGUUCAACAGUUGUUCUAGAUGCAAAAUCUUUGGGAACAAAACAGUCUAUUCCCGUGGUGUGCGGAAGGGAUCCUGUUAUGGAAGGAUUAAACCAAGCUGGGUGGCAUGUGGCAGGAAGAGAGCAAGAUGCACGUGCAGACGCUCUGCAGCAUCUUUCAUUUCAGAGGCUCUCAUUUUUCUUGGUCCAGCUAUGCCUAAAGCUAAAGCUCUGCUUCUUCUUCAUCA